UCUGUCGCGCCGUGUCGACGGGCAUCAGCACCAUACACCUCGCAGCCCUGCAGCGUGACAUCCUCAAUGUGGAGGACAAGAUCCUCAGGCAGGAUCCCGCGCUUGUGGGUGCCUAUAAUAUUGUGCCCCUGACAGCGAUUGUCGGCGAGUUUGUUGGUUGGACACGGAGGCUCCAGUGGUUAUGGGAGUUGACUGGGUUCAUGAUCCGGGAGCGUGAUGGGCAGACGUGCCAUGCUGCCACUCUCCUGGACCACCUGAGGUCUGAGCUGCAGACGGGAUACCCCGAUAUCGAGGAGACUACUCUGAGUCUCGUUCAGGUUGCGGAAGCAGCGUGGCUGCGACAGCUCUCAGCAUGGAUUCUCUACGGGCGUGUCCCGUCUUCUGGGCAGCAUGACUUUUUCGUGGUCAGGAAUGACGAAGAUGAGCAGGGCUACAGCAUCAACGCCUCUCUGGUGCCCGCAUUCGUCACGCCGCAGACGGCAAGAUCAGUCUUAUUUGUUGGUGCCUCGAUCGAUCGCCUGCGCUCAAGGAGGGCUUCAGAUUGGGGCGGUCUGCGUUUCGACAACCUCUCACAUGAAAUCCAGCAGCUCACUAGCUUGUCUUUCCCACUGAAGAGCGUCACGCUGGCUCGAGCAGUGACCUCAAUCCGCAUGACAUUGUCGAGGACAACGUUGCAGAAGUUAUUACCAAUGUCGAAAGUGUUUGAGCUACUGCAUCUACUCCGCGGCUUCUUUUUGCUCGGCCGCGGCGAGUUUGCCAUGGCCCUGACUCAGCAAGCCGAUGAGAAGGUGCGGAGCAGAUGGAAGCGGACAGAUGGCUUGGCCUACGAGAAACGUGACGGCCUUAACACCGUUGUUGUGAAAGAGGGUGAAGUGAGCGCCACGCUUGCCAGGACAAUGGCCUUUGUCGGCAACAUGCAAGGAGAGCACGCCGAAGAGGACGAGGGCCUGGAGCUCGCCCGGGAUCUUCUGCGUCUUACGAUGUCAAAGUCCAAGGCGUCUGCGAAGAAGAAGAGUAGCUCGGACGCCGGCAGUCACAUUUGUGAUACCCUCGUGCAGACGCCAUUCAGCAACCUGCUUUUCUCCGUACCGGCUGUGCUCACCAUGGCCAUCCCCGAACCACUCGACCUAUUUCUUUCCGAAUCUGACCUUCAGGUCUAUACAAUGAUCAACUCAUAUCUCCUGUCUGUGCGGCGAGCACAUCUACGCCUCACCGAUCUGUGGAAGAUCACCUCUCUCCGACGUCAACAUCCAGCACCCCCUCGAGCGCCUCACUGCUGCACAAGGAGCGGCGCCGCUCAUACGAGGACGCUCCGAAACCGAUGGGCUGCCCGUUCCGCGACUAUGCGUAGCCCAUGGACGACCUGCAGCUCUGCCAUCUUCUUCCUUGCCGAGACGGAAGCUUAUUUGCAAGUCGAAGUCGUUGAGGGUCUCUGGGAAGACUUCCGCCAAUGGCUGGCGGGCGAGGACUCGCAACAGACGCUGCGUGGCAGUAGGCACGGGAUGUCGCUCGGCACCACGGCCAACGUGACAGAGACGAGUCGAGAUCUGGCACCACCAUUGGAUAGUGCCUCGGGUACAGCCAAAGAGAGUGUGGCGCCACCCCAGUCAACACAUCACGACCCUCAAUCCCUCGCGAUCGCUCACCGGCGGUAUCUCAAGAUGCUGACACGACGACUCCUGCUCACCCGCUCGUCAUUUACAGCCCCGCUCUACGACCUGCUGGUUCACCUGGAUCACCUCGUCGCUCUGAUCCACCGCCUCCACGGCAUCUGGGCGUCCAUGGACCUCGAAGAGGACGAGGGCGUGGUGGACGCGUUCUCCAACCUCGCCGCCGAGGAGCGCGACGUGCGCAGCUCGCUGCGCGACGUGGAGCGCAAGAUAAAGCCUGGCGUGCAGGAGGCCAUCGCUGCGCUGCGGAGCUUGAGCAUGGACUCGUCGUUCCUCGCCGAGAUGGAGGGCGACCGUGAGGAUAGCCAUGAUAACGAGAAAGAUACUCUGGAUGGCCCUCAUGAGAGGUCACACGGCCAGCCUGGUGGUGGGAGUGGUAGUGGUGGUAUUUCCGCGGUUGAUAACGACAACAAUAAUGACGAAGGCAUGAUGAUCUACGACGACACGCAGUACCGACCAAAGCGCAUCGGCGGGAUCGACCGACUGCUCAUGAAGCUAGACUUUGGUGUGUGGUUCAAGACCUCAACGGCGACAUACGACGAGGAGGACCUGUGAGUGAGAAAGCAAAAUGCGGCAAGCACGUCAGCUAGGCUGUUGCGAGUGAGCUAUCUCACCGCCGCAAUGAUGGCAGUCUGUGAACAAACACCUCCCCGCCCUUCCUUUGAAGAGAUUGUAAAAUACUCUUCAUUGUCCUUUUGUUAUCCUUCUUCCCGAGGGGAUUAGACUGGGCCAAGAGAGACACAGUAGAUCAGUAGUCUUUAGAAGCAUGGUUACACAAAACUUAGCAAGCCCAUUCUAUUUUGAGGGCCGA